AUGCACAUACAGAAACAUUUUUCGUUAACUCCCACUCAAGAUAAAAAUUUAGAAAAUUUAGUAAAUGAAUUAGCUGAAUCUAAAAAAAAUAUAAGAGAAAUACAAAAAUAUGGAGCAAAAUUAAAAACAAAUGAUAAACCAAUUUAUAAAGAUUUUACACAUUUAAGAGAAAAAUGUGAUAUUCAAACAGUAUCUCAUAAUUUUUUAAAAAAGAAGGAUAAAGAAAGUAAUUUUAAAGAAAACCCAAAUGAAGUUAAUAAAAACACAAGUAUUUUUAUAAAUAAAAAAUUGAGAGAGAAUAAAAACUUAGAUAAUAAACAUAGAAAUGAUAAUAUUUUUUUUAUGAAUAAAGAAGAUAAUCAAGAUAAUUUACUUUCCUAUAACAGUAAAUUAUUUCAAAGAAUAUUUAAAAACAUUACAGAGGAAAAAAUAAAAAACAAAAAUAAAAAAAUAAAAAAUAAAAAUCUUAAUAAUGUUAAAAAAAAUCAUUUAAGUGAGUCUGUUAUUGAAUUGAAAAAAGUUUUAGAUGAUAAUAAGCAAAUAAUUUCAAAUUUAAAAUUUAAAAAUAAAAAUUAUAAUUCUCAAAGUAUCCAUAGCAUUUCAUUUAGUUCCGAAAAUGAAAGUUCCGAAAACUUUAACAAUCAUAAAAAUAAAAAUUUAAAUGUUAUGCAUCCUAAUUUUAAAAAUAGUAAUGAAAUAAAGGAAGAAAUAGAAGAACAAGAAGAAACAGAUGAAAAGAAAGAAAAAAAUGAAGAAGAAGAAGAAGAAGAAGAAAGAAAGGAAGAAGAAUAUAAGGAGGAAAAAAAAGAUGAGAAGAAAGAAAAGAAUGAUAAAGAAGAAAGAAAGGAAGAAGAAUAUAAGGAGGAAAUAAAAGAUGAGAUGAAAGAAAAAAAUGAUAAAGAAGAAAAACAUGAGGUAGAAAAAAAAUAUAGAAAAGAAAACAUACUAGGUAACUUGAAUAAUAAUGUAAAUGAAUACUUAAAUAUAAAUUCCAAAAAGCAUUUUAUGAAUUGUGAACAAAAUAGUAACUAUAAUUCUUAUAUUAAAAAUAAUGAUGAUGAUAAAGAAAAGAAAUAUAAAAUUGAAAAUAUAUCGUAUAAAAAAUUUAAAGAGAAAAAAAUUCAUAAUAAAAAAAAAAAAAUAGUAAAAAAGAAUACGUAUGAAACUAAUAAUAAUACAUUAAAUAAUGAAAACGAUAUAAAUUGUAAUUAUAACAAUAUAAAUAAUAAUAAAUGCUUUUGUAUUGAUAAUUAUAAAAUAGGAUGUGGAAAUUUUUACAUGAGUAAUAAAGAAAGAAUGAGAAAAUUUAAAAAUGAGAGAAAAAAUAAAGAAUAUUCUUAUCAACAUUUUUGUAAAAUAUAUUCUUAUGCUUCCAAAAAAAAUAAGAAUAAUAAAUUCAGUAGUUUGAAAGGAAGAAAAUUAUAUUUUAAAAUGUUUGAUAAUUAUAUAGAUAACUUAAAGAACAACAAUGAUUUUAUUUUUAAAAAUAAGUGCAACUCUCCUAAUCAAAUUUUACUUAAUAAAGAUAUUUUUGAUAAAAAGAGGAAAGAAAAAUAUUAUUCUAAAAAAGUAAGUUAUAUUAAAAAUCCAUUAAAAGAAAAACUUUUAUGUAAAUUAAGUGAGUCUCCUUUCAAUAAAUUUCAAACUUUAGUUUUAAAAAAAAAAAAAAAAAAAAUUAACAUUCAUUUUUCUACUCUAAAAAAAUAUAAAAAAAAAAAUAUAGAAAAACAUAUUAAUAUAUUUAAAAAAUAUUUAUAUAGAAAUAUGGAAAACAUAAGAAGUAGGAUAAGUGAAGAAGGUUUUAAUAAUACAAGAGAAAAUCUCAACAACUAUCAAUCUUAUUUGUGUAUUAAAUGUAGUCGGAACAAUUCAAAGAAUUUUGAUCCUGAAAAAAAUAGUAAAGAUAAGAUUAAAUAUAAUGAUAAUGUAUUAAAGGAAUGCAGAAUUCAUAAUAAUGUUAACAUCAAUUACAUUAAUAAUAAUAAUAAUAAUAAUAAUAAUAUAAUGAAAGAAGAUUUGCAUAAAACAAAUAAAUGUAAGUUUACUACGGUUAAUAGUCAUUUAAAAGAAAUAAUUAAAAAUAACCUAAAAGAAAAAUUAAAUGAAGAUAAAUUUGUCGAACAUAUGAUUAGCAAUGGAGAAAUGGAAAGUGCAUAUUAUGGGAAUGAUAAAAAAUUAACUGUAAAAAGAGAUAAAAAAGAUAAACUGUAUAAGGGAAUAAAAUCAGAUAUAAAUUGCUCUCUGAGGAAUUCAAGUGAAGAAAAAUUAUCUCAUAAUUUAUCAAAUGAUAAUAUGAUAAAUUUAAAUAAUUCUAAAAGUUAUGUUAUGAAUUCGAAUAAAUCAGAUUUAUUAAAUCACAAAAUAUAUAAUUAUGUAAAUAAGUCUAAUUUUAUAAAUAGAAAAUCUUCCAUUGAAAAAUGUGAGAAUAUAAAAAAAAAUACAAUACCAUUAGAUAAUUUCAACUUGAAUAAUUAUGAAGAAAUAAGAAAAAAUAUUAUUGAUGAUUUAUCGAGUAUUUAUUCAUCAUUUGAGACAAAUGAAAAAAGAAAUGAAAUGUUUAAUAGAAAAAAAUAUAAGAAAAAUACUAAAUAUAUACAUAAAGAUAAAAAUAAACUUAAACAUAAUGAUCAAGAAGAUAUACUUCUUAAAAAUGACAGUAACAACAAAUAUAAAAGUAAAAAAAAAAUACUUAUGGAGAUAUUGUCUUUUUAUAAAAGAUACAAGAAUAAACUAAAAAUUUUGUUAUUAGAAGAAUAUCAUUACUUAAAAUGCUUAAGGAUUAAUAUCAAUAAUAAUAUAUAUAAAUUUGAGAAAUAUAAAAAUGACAUAUAUGUUAAUGAGGAAUUUAAAAAGGAUAAAAAUUAUUUUAAAAAAUUUUUGAAUCCAUUAAAUAAUUAUAUCUUAAAAGAUAGUAAAAUGUAUAAUUCAUGUGAAGAAAAUAACUACCCAUAUGUAAAUAAUGGGGAAAAUGGUUUUAAAAAAAAAAAAGAAAAUUUAAUUAAAAUUUAUGCUAAUAAGAUAGAUACUAUGAGUAUCUAUAUUAAAGCCAAGAGAAGAAUAAAGGAAAUUGAAAAAUGUUUAGAAAAAAUUAAAAAAAGUUCCUUAUAUAAAAAAAGUAAUAUUUUUAAAACAAAUAACAAUUUGAAAAAAAACUCAAUAGAGAAUUAUAAUAAAAUAGAUGAAAAAAAUAUGUAUGAGAAAAAUAUCUUAGAUCUUAGAUACAACAAUAUAAAUUAUAUAAAAAAUAAUUCUGAAGUAAAUAAAAAAAAAGAAAAAACGAAUAAUUUUAUAAAUAUUAGAAAUAAGAAAAAAUUUAAAAAUGUUUUAAACAAAGAAGAAAAAAAAAUUUUCACAAAAAAUGAGUGGAAAAAGGUAAAAAAAAAUAAUAAUUUUAAGCAUAGUUAUUUAUAUGAUGUGCCUCUAGGAAAUAUUUACAAAUAUUAUUUUAGAAUAAAACCAUUUAAAUAUAUAUUAUUUUAUAGAAAAAAUUUGAAAAGAAAUAAUAGUUUUAAUUCUAAUAGUUUAAUAAAUAACAUUAUAAAGAAUUAUGCAAUUUCGUUUUUUAAUAAUAAAAAAAAAAUAUUUAUAAAUUGUUAUGAGAAUAGUAACGAUUACAAAAAAAUUUUACUUCCAUUUAAAAAUAAAAAAUAUUAUUUUAACUUAAUAAAUAUAAAAAAAAAUUAUUUUUCUAGACAACUUAAGAAUAUUUCAAAAUUUAUUAAUAAAUCAAAUGAAAAUGUUUAUAAAUUAGAGAAAAAAAGCAGUAGUAAUAGUUUGAAUUUUUUUAAUCAAACAAAUAAAGAAUACAACAAUUUUUACAAUAGUAAUAAUGUUAAAAAUUGCUCUUAUGGUGUUUUAAAGAAUAAUAUAAAUUAUUGUAUUAAUGAAAAUCUUAAUAUUAAUGAUGAUAAUAACACUUCAAUUCAUGAGGAAAAACCUUCUAUUAUUGUAGAAAAUAAUAAUAAUAAUGAGAAAUGUUUUAUUAAUAAAGAAAAUGAUAAUUAUACUACAGAGGUUAAAAGUACAAGUAAUAAAUAUAGCUUUAUUAAUAAUAGUACUAGAGAUAAUAACAAAAUUAAUUUAUAUUCUAAUUUAAAUAACAAAUUAAAUAUAAAAAAUAAUGUAAAGGAAGAGAAAAUGAAAUAUAUAAAAAAUAAAAUAAUUAAUGAUAAAAUGAAUAACUGUUAUUUAAACUCUAAAAAAAAUAAAGAGAACAAAAAGAAAUGCAUAGGUUAUAAUAUUUAUGAUGAUAUUAAUGCUAAAACUAAGAAUGAUAAUGUAAAUAAAAUAAUAUAUCAUUUGGAUAAUUUUAAUUUAUUAAAUAAAAGUUCAAUAUGUGAAAAAUUUUAUGAUGAAUCUUUUAAAGAAAAAAAUAUAAUCAGCAUACAUAAUUCAAUUAAUCCAUUUGAUGCUAAAAAUAAUUUUAAAUUAGAAGAUACAAAUAAUUGUGAGAAAAAUAAUAUUUCUGUAAACUAUGAGCCAGUAUCAAAUAAUAACAUUUUUAAUUCAUACAAAAAAAAUACUUUCAUAUCAUCAAAUAAUGAUGACUUUAUUAUAAAUUCAAUUAAUUGUGACGAAUCUAAUAAUUUUUUUAAAUUUUAUAAUAAAAAUAUUAAGGAAAAAGAAAAAAUUGGUAGCUUAAAUUUACAAGAAUUAGAUAAUCAAAUUAUACAUAAUACAAAUAAAUAUAAAAAGGAUAAUAUAGAAGGAGAAGAAUCUCACUUUAAUAGUUAUGAAAACAAGUAUGAUAAAACUGAAAAUAAGAAUGAAAGUAAAAAUUUUUGUAUACUAAAUAACUCAUAUAAUGAAAAUAUGAAUAUCCCUUAUUAUAAGAAAGAAACUCUUAAGAAAAAUAAUAAAAAGGAGAUGAAUAUAAAUAGCCCUAAAUGUGAGGAACAAAUAAAAGAAAAAAAAAGAGAUGAUGAAAAUAAAAAAAAAUUAUUGAAAAUUUCAACUGAAAAAAUAGAGCAAAAAAAAAAUAUUUCAAAGAGUUAUAUAAAGGAAGUAGAGGUAGAAAAAAAUACGAAUGAGUUUAAGGAAUUAGUUAAGGAACAAUAUAUGAAGAAUAAAGGAGGAAUUAUAUAUGAUAUCAAUAAUGAUAAAAAUAGAAUGUUUGAUAAAAUUUUUAUAAAUAAUUCAAAUAAAAAUUGUACUAUUAAUAAAAUGGUUGAUAAUAUAAAUGAUAAAGAAAUACAAGAAGAAGUUGAUAAAAAUUUUCUUAUUAAUAAUGAUAUUGAUAUAAACAAUAUAAACUUAAAAAAGUAUUUGGAGAAAAAUAAUAUUUUAAAUUAUAAAAAGGGUAACGAUAAUUAUGAUUUAAAUGGAAUUUAUAACAAUAAUUAUAUUGAUUCAACAUUUUUACGAAAAAAUUUAAUUGAUUAUAGUGAAAACACGUGCUUUCCUUUAACUCCUGUGAAUGAUCAAUAUAAAGAAACUAUAUAUAAAAAUAUGGGUUCUGAAAAAAACAAAAAAAGAAAUAUUGCAAAAGAACAAAUAAAUGAUUCAUAUAAAAUUAAUUCUCAUGAUGACAAAAAAAAUAAAGAAAAAGUAUUACUAGAAAAUGAAAGAAUAUAUUAUAACAUAAAUUCUUCUCCUGUUAAUAAUGAAAACAAUAGAUUAGAGUCAUUCGAAACAAUUAAUUUUGAUAAUUAUAGAAAAAAUUUUAAUGAAUUAAAUUUUUUAAAUUUUUCAAAAAAUGAGAAUUACGAUUGCUAUUUUAAUAUGAAUGCAUCAGAUAAUUUAAUUAAUAAAGCAUAUCCAAAUACAUAUAGUAUUUUGAAGGGUAAAGACAAAAAUAAUUUUUUUUUAAAAAAAAAUGAUAUGACAUUUAGUGAACUCAAUAGUUCUACUAAUUCGUUAAAUGAAAAAAAUGAAAAUUAUUUAAUUUCACAAAAAAAUAACAGAUAUAAUUUAAAAAAAUUAAAAUCUGAUAAUAAUGAAAAUAUAAAUAUAAAAUUAUCGAAUUUCUGCAAUAUUUAUGAUAAGAAAAAUUGCAAUUUUUCUGAAAAUGAGUCUUAUAAAAAAUCUCUUAAUUAUAAUGACGAAUUUUCUGAAAAAAAUUGUAAAUAUGAUGAGGAUGAAAUGAUUCAACAAAGUUACAAAGGUAAUUUAAGUUAUAGAAGUUAUAAAAAUUUAAAUAAUAAUUAUUAUGAUACUGAAAAUUUUCUUCAUAACUUUGAUUAUAUGUAUGAAAUGCCUAAUACACAUGAAAAUGAUACUCUCAAUAAUUUAUCUAAUAGCAUUAUUAAUAUAGAAAAAUUAGACAAAAUUAUAGAAAAAUUACAUAAGUUAAAAAUACAUAUAUUGAAUGAUAACAAUUAUAUACAAUGUAUGUAUUGCGAUAAAUAUUUAUUUAAAUUAGAAAAUUAUAGCGGUGAAGAUCUUUUAACAUUUUCAAAAAACCUAAACAUAAGAAAAGAAAAAUAUGCAUGCACCAUUUGUAAGCAUAAAGUAAAAAUGUCAAAUAAAUAUAAAGAUAAUGUAGCUUUAAAUAAUGAUAAUAUAGAAAAAAAAAAUGAAAAAAAACAUACAAAUGAUGAAAUAAAAAAACUUAAUACAAGUGAUAAAAUUAAAUAUUCUGAAAAUAAUUUUCAUUUAGAUAAUUAUAGUUAUUUCACCAAUAAAUUACUUAAUAGAGACAAAUUGAAUUAUGAUUAUAUCAAAAAUAAAAUAUUUAAUCAAAAUAUGCAGAAUAAUAAAAAGGAACAUAAUUUUUUUGAGUAUAAUGAUUUAUUUAUUAAGGAUAACAGUUGUAAUAACAUAGAUAAUAUCUCUGAUUGUCAUUCUGAAGAAAAGGAAUUUUUAUUUUCUAAUCAUUCUUUAUUUGAGAAUGAAAUGAUAAAAAGUUUUGAUGAUUUUACUACAUCUCCAAGUAUACGAAGUAUUGGAAAUAAAUAUUCUAUUAACAAUUAUACUCCUCAUAAAAAUUUUAUUUUUAAUAAUAAAGUUACUUAUAAAAGUUUUGAGAAUAAAAAAAAAAGUGAUACCAUUAAUUAUCAUUAUCCUUAUUCUAAUGAUUGUGUUUUUAAUAAUAAAAAUUAUGAUCAUUAUAUUAAAAAGUUGGAUCAUUUAAAUUUAAAUAAUAGAAUUGAUUUUAAAGAUAAAUCGUUUAGCAACGAUAAUUUUACAUUUAGCAAUAAUUCUAAAUGCAAUUUAAAAAAAAUAAAUAAAAAUUUCUCUCUUAAUUUUAACAUUUUAAACAGAAAAAAGACAGAAAAUGAUUUGUUAAAAUGUAAUGAUAACGAUGACAUACAUUAUAAUAGUAAUUGUAUUAAUAAUACUAAUAAUAGUGAUUAUUAUAAUGAAACCAAUUCUAGUAGAAAUGAUAGUGAUAAACAGAAUUAUAAAAAUUUUAGCAAAAAAUAUAACAUUAACAUUGGAAUAAUAAACAAAAAAAUUUCGAAUAAUGAUACAUUAAUAGAUGAAAUAGAAAAAAACAAAAUAAAAGAAAACAAUCAAAUAAACAUUACAAAUAAAAAGGUUUUAGAACAUGAGCAGAUAUCAAAUGUUUUAAUAAAGAAUAAUUCAUUUAAUAUAUAUGACAAUCAACUAGAUAAAAAAUGUGAAGUAAAUGAAAAAACUAUUAAAAAAAAAAAAGAAAUAAAAAAUGAAAUGGAAGAUAAAAAAAAAGUUGAAUUAGAAGAAGAAACGAAAAUAAUACAUGAAGAAAUUAAAAGAGGAAAUGAAAAAAAAAUUAACAUAAAAAAUAAUUUUCUGAAGAAAUCGUACAACAGUUUUGAUUAUUUUAAAGAUAAAAAAUGUAGUAGUGAUUAUGAGAAAAGGGAGAAAAAAUAUUUAUUAAGCCAAAACAAUAUUAAUCCUUCUGAAAAUAAAGAAAAACCAAAUUUAAAUAUAAAAAAUGAUUUAUUAAAAAAAAUAUUAGAUAGGAAUAAUUCAAUUAAUAAAGAAACAAAUAACUUUUUAAAUAAAAAAAAUACCUUUUUUAAUUCCUUUUUAAUAAAUAAAGACAUAAAUGUAUCAGACAAUUUAAUUGAGACAAAUAAUUGUUUUAAUACAUCUUACUUAAAUAAUCUAAUUUCUCAAAGAGAAAAAAAUUCUAUAUAUAUUGAUUAUAAGAAUUAA